UCAUUUUGGUCACCCUCAAAUUCGCAUGAAAGCUCUCACUCCCCACCAUCCGCUCUCUGUGAUUUCCAAUUCCAAUUCCAACCUCUCUCUGAUUACUCAUUCUUUGAUCUACAGAAGGCUAUUGAUUCAUCUGAUACCUCGCCGGAUAACACCGAUAAUGGCUGCAACUUGUUCCACAGACGAUUAUUUGAUGACAACUUUAUUUUGGUAAGAACGAUUUCGACAUGUUAGAUCAACUUCGACGUUAUAUUGGAAAUCUGGCUUUGAAGGAGAAUUGAAAGCUUGUUGUAUCAGGAAUUCAGGCGUAAUUUCACUUUCGAUGUUUGUUCGGAAUUCGAUAGUACGAUGAUCAGAUCGUUCACUGUUUAUCGGCUUUAGGUAAUUAGCUUGGUUUACGUGUUUCAUUAAUCGGUGGUGUACUGGUGUUAUCAGAGGAGUUUUGGUGUUGAUUAUUGUGAGAUUGUUCGUGGCUAGACCUGUGAAUAGAGUCUGUGAAAAAUCAUCUAAAGUGGCGAAAAUGGAUUUGAGUACGGCGGAGGAAGAAUCUAAUUCAGAUCAAAUCGUGCAUACACCGCCGGAAAUCGAUUGGGAAAUGCUCGAUAAAUCAAAGUUUUUCUUCCUCGGCGCCGGACUUUUUUCAUGUGUCUCCGCCACACUUUACCCCGUCGUCGUAUUGAAAACCCGGCAGCAAGUUUCUUCCUCCCAUUUAUCAAGUCUUAAGACGGCGUUCUCGAUUCUCCGGUAUGAAGGUUUCCGAGGACUCUACAGAGGCUUCGGGACUUCACUGAUCGGAACAAUUCCAGCUCGAGCUACAUACAUGACAGCACUAGAACUCACCAAGAGUAACGUCGGAACGAGUAUUAUCAAACUAGGGUUUCCUGAGCCUACCGCCGCCGCCAUUGCCAACGCGAUGGCCGGACUCAGCGCAGCAUUAGCGGCACAACUCGUUUGGACACCGGUUGAUGUGGUGAGUCAAAGACUCAUGGUCCAGGGAAACGACUACAGCAAUCAGAAAAUCUCCACUUCUGAUCAGAAAUCAAACAAAUACAUGAACGGGAUCGAUGCUUUUCGAAAGAUUCUCAACACCAAUGGGCCAAGAGGUUUGUACAGAGGUUUUGGCAUAUCGAUAAUGACAUACGCACCUUCAAAUGCAGUUUGGUGGGCCUCAUACUCUGUAGCUCAAAGACUUGUGUGGGGUGGAAUUGGAUCAUAUAUGUGUAACGAAAACGAAAACGGUGGUGUGGUUGCAUUUACACCUGAUUCAAGAACUGUAAUGGCAGUUCAAGGUGUGAGUGCAGCCAUGGCAGGUGGUGUUUCAGCUUUAGUUACAAUGCCUUUGGAUACAAUCAAGACAAGAUUGCAGGUUCUUGAUAGCAGUGACGACAACAAUGGGAGGAAAGUCCCAACUAUUGGUCAAACCGUGAGGAAUUUAGUAAGAGAAGGUGGGUGGAUGGCUUUUUAUAGAGGAUUAGGUCCACGAUGGGCUUCCAUGUCUAUGUCUGCAACCACCAUGAUUACAACUUACGAGCUUCUCAAACGUCUCUCCACUAAGAAUCAAGAAAACUUGAUACGAUGAAAUAAGAAAUACAAAAUUACAAGGAGAAAGGAUUUAAUAGAAGUAAAGUGACGCGCAAGGAUAGCGAUAGAAAGAACCCUAACCUGGAUCACACUGGUGGUAAAAUUCUUCAACAUCUGCAAAAUUAAGUAGAGAAGUUUAGAUUAUUUAAACGAAAAAUCGGUGAACGAAAUAGAUAACCGAUAGAAGAAAAAGACAAAGCAUAAUCUCACCGGUGGUAAGAGCUUUGAUCAUUCCGGCACGACGACCUUUGAAAUCCCUAAAAACCUCCUCCACUGUGCGAGGAUUAUACGGCGUUGCUCCUCCUCCCUCCAUCUUCUUCUAUGAAGAUUGCAAGAAAUUUAAAAUGUAGAAAUCGAGAAAAGAACUCUUCGGUGAAACCAGUAGCGAAUUACAGAGAGAAUACGAGUGUCGAGUAGCAGAAGAACAGUGUCUUUAUGCAGAGAGGUCCAGCACUUCCCCCCCUUUGUGUAGU